AUGUCUUAUUACGACAUCGACUCGAUCCUCACGGAUGCAGAGAAAAUACCAUGCACUUUCCAGCUCGACGUGCCAGACCUUGGCUACCUCGACAACACACCCACCCAGACGCUCAAGACGGGCUCGAGAGUCGCGCUCCCGCUCUGGCUGGCCGAAAUGCUGGCCAUAGCCUCUAGCUCGGGCGGCCUCGACGAGCAGGGCAAGUCGUUUGUGACGUUCGACCUACCGCCGGCGCUGGGUAACGACGUGGUGCAGGCGCUCAAGGCCGACCCGCGUGCCGUGCCGCUGCGCGACCAGAGCGCCCACUUCUACGGGCUCGCCACGCACAUGAUGGACCUGUCGGAGGAGCAGGAGCUGGCCACGGUGCUCCGCAAGACGUACGUCACGCGCGCCACCGAGAUCGCCUUGCACGCCCGCAAGGUCGGCGGCGUCGGCCACCACGGCAAGAGCUCCGCCGACGAGGGCAGCAACCUCGGCGUCGGCGGCGCCGGCGAGGAGUUCCUUCGCGGCCUCGACGAGCGGGAGAGGAGGCUGUUCCGCAAGGCCCACGACGGCGCAAAGGCCGGCAAGGAGUGGAUGGAGAAUGUCAAGAAGCACUAA